ACCGUCUCCGAGACCCCUUCCAGCAAUGUCUGUGUCGUUCUUUGGCAGGAAGACCACCACUAGGUGGUCUCUGGCAUCAUGGAAGAUGUCAUGGACAUCAUUUGCCAUCAUAGACGACGACCACUAGGGGGCGGAGUAGUGAGCAGGAUUAGUAGGCAGCCAACCCGCCUUCCAUGGGUGGAGAACAGAAGAUUGGGGGGCAAGGUCGCACCUUCCUUCAGAGAGGUGUGGUGCCAGGCCAGCAGCUGAAGAUGCUGGUGCUUCUGCUGCUUCUGGGACCCAGCUACGGGUUUGGCGCCCUCGUCUCUCAACAUCCCAGCAGGGCCAUCUGUAAGAGCGGUGCCUCUGUGACCAUCCAGUGCCGUACAGUGGACCUUCAAGCCAUAACUAUGUUCUGGUAUCAUCAGUUCCCAGAACAGGGCCCCCUGCUGAUAGCAACUUCUAACAUGGGCUCUAAUGCCACCUACGAAAAAGGUUAUAACAGCGCCAAGUUUCUCAUCAGCCACCCAGACCAAACGUUUUCAUCUCUGGUGGUGAGAAGCGUGCAUCCUGCCGACAGCAGCCUCUACCUUUGUGCUGCUAGUGACACAGCGCUGAGCAGAGAUCAGAGACCCAAACAAGAACCUUUGCAGCAGCCCCUCUCCCCCACCCCACCCACCGCAGGGAAGAGCCCCCUGGAGGGUGUGGAGGGAGGAAAAACCACAGCCUUUCUGACUGUGAGGUGUGUGUGUGCCUGUGCGUGUGCGGGUACGUGUGUGUGUGUGUGUGUGUCUGUGUGUCUGUGUGGAGAGAGAAUGAGGGGGAAAAAAAUCUAAGUAUGGAGUGUGGAGAAAGUCUGGUUGUUUGAGAACUAGCCAAUGGGAAUGGAGCCGGGCCUAUAAAUGGCCAACUGAUAUGGAGUAGUUCCUUGGGCUGAAAAUGCUAAAACCUGGAUUUUCCUUCUGACUCUGCCGCAGGUUAAUCAUAUAUUCUUCGAUACAUCAACACAUAAUUCUCUAGGUAGGUCUCAAUAAGCUUCUGUAAAACAGUGUAUUUUUGUAAUCAACGUUGGCAUUUGUCUCCCCAAGACACUUCAUCACUUUCUUGUCACCAUCCUGGGCCCCCAAGAUAAACAGGAUCAUAAGGCAGCCAAGAAGAAGGAAGCCAGUGAUGGCCUAUAUAUCGUUUGUGAUUGUUUUGCUGUUGUUGUUUUUGUCCUUUUAGGACUGCA